AGGACUGGAGGAGGCAAUUUCAUUUCUUGCCAAAGUGGCUCACUGGUUCCUGAGGUGGACAUUUGUUGUUCUUCUGGGGAAGAAUGUACUGCAGGAGUGUGUGCUGCAACCGCUGGUCAUCUGAGGAGAGGUUAGAUGGGAAAACAGUCAUCAUCACCGGAGCCAACACUGGUAUUGGAAAAGAAACAGCCAGGGACCUGGCAAGAAGAGGUGCACGCAUCGUCAUGGCGUGCAGGGACCUGGAGCGGGCAGAGGAGGCACGGACGGAGAUUUUGGAAGACACAGGAAAUGAGAAUAUGGUCAUCAGGAAACUGGAUCUAUCUGACACUAAGUCCAUCAGAGUGUUUGCUGAACUCAUUAACAAAGAGGAGAAACAAGUGAAUAUCCUGAUAAACAAUGCAGGAAUCAUGAUGUGUCCCUACUCCAAGACUGCUGACAACUUUGAAAUGCAGUUGGGAGUCAAUCAUUUGGGUCACUUCCUGUUGACUUACCUGCUGCUGGACCUCAUCAAACGUUCAGCUCCUGCCCGUAUUGUCAUCGUAGCAUCGGUGGCCCACACCUGGACUGGGCUUCGGCUGGAUGACAUCAACAGCGAGAGGAGUUAUGAUACCAUGAAAGCCUAUGGACAGAGCAAGCUGGCUAAUGUCCUCUUUGCACGCUCACUUGCCAAACGGUUACAAGGUACAGGGGUGAGCGUGUUCUCACUGCACCCCGGGGUGGUGCAGUCUGACCUGUGGAGGCAUCAGCACCAAUGUAUCCAGGUGGCAGUGAAGAUCUUCAGGAUUUUCACCAAGACUACGGUAGAAGGAGCGCAGACCACCAUCUACUGUGCUGUGGAGCCACGCCUGGACAGCCAGAGUGGAGGGUACUUCAGUGACUGCGCUCCUGCAAGGUGCUCAAGGGCUGCUUCCGAUGAUGACUUGGCCCAAAAACUGUGGGAGAUCAGCUGCAACAUGCUUGAUAUCACCUGGCAGUGAAUAGUGGCAAAUUAAAUGUGUGCAGUGAAGGACAACUUUUAUAGAGGCAUUCAUUUUUGCUGUUACUGUUGUGAAAAAGAUGUAUUUUAUGACUCAAAGUACAGUAGAUAUUGCUACCAAGAGCUUGUUUAUUUUAAAAAAAUAUAUCAAAAACAAAUGCUAUGUUUUAGUCAAAUUGUAUUUAUCAGAUUGCAUGGUGUUUAACCCAUAUUUCAUACUGCUUGUUAGCAUUCAAUGAUAGUCCAAUUAUUUUCAAUACUUUUUGUAGAAUUUAAGAUAUGUUGAAGCAGUACUUUAUACUGUACUAACUGGUGUGGGCAUUAUUUGUUUAGUCAUAUUUGUAUCUUGAGUGCAGAUGCUCUUUUAUCUUGUUAGCUGCGAGCAUGGUCUUCUUGCUUUGGAUGAAAAUUACCUGGUUUAUGAAAGAUUCUCAUACAAGUACUAGUGUGGCAGCGGUAUAGUUUUUGGCAAAAAGCCCAUUUCAAAGAAACGUUUGAAUGAAAUGCCUACAUCGGGGCACACAUACAGUAUUGUGGUUGACAGUUAAAGCACUUAGAUGACAGUUAAUUUGAAGUGUGUACUGUUUGCACUGUUACUGUCUGCUUUUGGAGCACACACACAUCAGAAUGUACAUUUAUUGAUCAGUAAUGAGCAAUUGGUCUAAACUUUGUCAUUGAACUGCCGUGUAUCAUGCAGUCUGCAGCUUCAGAUAACUCCCUGUUAGCUAAGGAAGGAAAACUUUAGGCCUAUACUCCUCUGUGAUGUGGUUGUACUAGGGUAAUGCAGUUACCUCAGUACACUGUAACCAUAAUAUUUCUACAUUAUGAUAGCAAUCGUUAUAUGGUUACAAUGUGUCAGCAUGUUGAGGCUUCAGCAAAGUCUCUCAAAUUGGGAAUAUGUACAUAAUGUA